UUGCUGUCUUUCUAGGUCUCAAGGGACAUGAGAAAUGGCACAGCAAUCACAGAGUUCAUCCUCCUAGGCUUUCCUGGUAUCCAAGGAUUACAAGUCCCUCUCUUUAUAGUGAUCCUUCUCAUUUACAUAUUAACCCUUGCUGGCAAUGGGCUCAUUAUUGUUAUUGUCUGGGUUGAGCCCAAGCUGCAAAUCCCAAUGUACUUCUUCCUUUGCAACUUGGCCUUCCUAGAGAUCUGGUACACCACCACCAUCAUCCCCAAACUGCUAGAAACCUUUGUAGUAGCAAAAACAGUCAUCUGUAUUUCAUGCUGCCUGAUGCAGGCCUUCUUCCACUUCUUCCUGGGCACCACUGAGUUCUUGAUCCUGGCUGUCAUGUCUUUUGACCGCUACUUGGCCAUCUGCAAGCCCCUUCACUACCCCUCCAUCAUGACCAGCAACCUCUGCCUGCAGCUGGCCCUCAGCUCCUGGGUGGUGGGCUUCACCAUUGUCUUUUGUCAGACAAUGCUGCUCCUCCAGUUGCCAUUCUGUGGCAACAAUAUCAUCAAUCAUUUCUACUGUGACGUUGGCCCCAUCUUGAAAGCAGCCUGUGCAGAUACCAGCAUUUUGGAGCUACUGGGUAUCCUGGCAACCAUCUUUGUGAUCCCAGGUUCACUCCUCUUUACAAUCAUUUCUUAUAUCUACAUCCUAUCUACCAUCCUACAAAUUCCUUCAGCCGCUGGUCGCCAAAAGGCUUUCUCCACCUGUGCCUCUCACCUGACAGUUGUCUCCCUGCUCUAUGGAGCUGUUCUGUUCAUGUACCUGAGACCCACAGCACACUCCUCCUUUAAGAUUAAUAAGGUGGUAUCUGUGCUGAAUACUAUUCUCACACCCCUUCUCAAUCCCUUUAUUUAUACCAUUAGAAACAAGGAGGUGAAAGGAGCCCUAAAAAAGGCAAUGACUUGUCCAAAGACCCAGCAUGCCAAGUAAAACAUGCAGCACAUCACCUUGAGCUUAAUGUAAAUACCAAACUUAAAUGUGAGACAGGAUUAUAAAGAAGUGUGGUAAAACAUAACC